AUGCCAAGUGUGAUAGAAAACAUCCUCUUCUUUGUCACAAUUACUCAGUUAGUACUGGGGGUUGUAGGGAAUGGAUUUAUUGGACUUGUAAACUGCAUUGACUGUGUCAAGAAUAAGAGGUUCUCUAUGCUUGGCUGUAUUCUCACUGGCUUGGCUAUUUCCAGAAUUUGUCUGAUAUGGCUUAUACUUUUUGAUGGAGUCAUAAAGCUUUUCUCUCCAGAUAUGUACACUUCUAGUGAUCUGGUUGAAUGUUUUAGUUACCUAGCAGUAAUCAUCCAUCACUUGAAUAUCUGGUUUGCUACCAGCCUCAGCAUCUACUACUUUCUGAAGAUAGCAAAUUUUUCCCACUACAUAUUUCUCUGGCUGAAGAGAAGAAUCAAUAGAGUUUUUACCCUUCUGAUUGGAUGCUUGUUUAUGUCAUGGUUACUUACUUUUCCACAAGUUGCAAAGGGGAUUAAUGAUAGUAAAAUGAAACAUAGAAACACAUCAUGGCUGCUUCACUCAGGUGGAAGUGAGUUCUUACUUCACCAGAUUUUUCUCAAUCUGGGAGUCACUUUCUUCUUUACAGUAUCCCUAAUUGCCUGUUUUCUAUUAAUCAUUUCCCUUUGGAGACACAAGAGUCAGAUGCAACUGAACAACACAGGAUUCAGAGACCUCAAUUCAGAAGCUCAUGUGAAAGCCAUGAAAGUUUUAACAUCUUUUCUCAUCCUCUUUAUCUUGCAUGUGAUAGGCAUCAUCGUAGAAGUAGCAUGUGGUAGUGCACCAGAAAACAAAGUGCUAUUCAGUUUUGGUUUCAUAAUCACAGCCAUAUAUCCCUGGGGUCACUCAUUGAUCUUAAUUCUAGGAAACAGCAAGCUAAAGCAAGCCUGUUGGAAGGCACUGCAGCAAUUAAAGUGCUGUAAUAAAGGAAAAACUCUAAGAGCCUCACAGACAGGCUUGCACAGAAAUACAUGUUCCCGGAGAAUAAUCCAUUGA